UCCAAUAGGUGAGCCUUUCGUUGUAGAGGAACCGUCGUCCGUGCGACCAUCAUCGGGCACCCGAAUCUGUGACAGCAUUCGGGUCUGCUCCCAGUCACCAAAUUCUUUCACAGCGUGACAUUCAUUCAUCAGAGUUCGUUGUGCGUCUGUGCUACACAUAAAUGGCCUAUGGCGACACACUGCCUCCUACUGAUACUCAUCCUCGUACCUACGCAGGUCUUGGACGCCGGAAAUCCAACGGCACUUAAGUUGUUGAGAAGACUGUGGAGAUACAGCUGCGAAGAGCCGAUUAAUGAACCAGUGGGCGAUUGCACCGCAAAUAUCAACAAGUACUUUUUCAACCAUACUGCGAAACUGUGCCAGAAAUUUUACUGGAACGGCUGCUUGACGAGAGGAGUUUACGAAACCCGCUACGCAUGUGCCCUCAAUUGCAAUGAAGGCGAACCUCCCUUGUACUGUGCUUCUAAGCCUCCUUGCGAAUGCAAUGGAGACCAAAAGUCAAUGAGUUGGGGACAACGUCAUUACGAAAUUGACGUGUUUUAUUAUGACAUUAACGAAAGAAAAUGCAAGCCAUUCAAAUACUGUGGACCACCACUACCACCAGAAUCAAAUAUGUUCACAAGCAUGACGUUGUGCAUUAUGGAAUGCGAGGGAUUUCCUUUCAGCAAUGCCGAGUAACAGAUGGACUACAGGUAUUGCA